CUCCCAUCAACAGCGACUCCCGCCUCUGAUGACUCCCGCACUCGAAUCGGGCCAAGAUCCGGCCGACAGACUCUCUCGGCAAACCACGUCCACCGGAGCUGUUGCAAAAACUAUCGACAUGGACGACACCGCCGAUGGCGUCACCUAUGACUUGUCCAAGAAUCAGCUCUAUCUCAUGGAACGGGAGGAGCGCAUGAAGCGGCUGCACUUCCUGCUCACCCGGACCGGCGUCUAUUCCGACUGGCUGGCCACCAAGCUGGAGGCUCGUCAAAAGGAGCAGAUCGCCAAGGCCGCCCGCAGCAGCGAGCCGGUGCUUGGGGAUGGGGACUCGAGCGCCGCUCCGACAAAUGUCAACGACCCGAUAGAGCCAGAGUCCGGCCAGCCCAAGCGACGAGGACGUCCUUCCAAGGCCAAGACAGACAAGGAUCCAGCCGCCAUCGACGCCCCAGUGGUCGCCGCCAAGCGCAAGCCCGGGGAGCGCCAGCCUGUUCUGGUGACUGGAUGUGUCAUGCGCGAGUACCAGCUUGUCGGCAUGGAGUGGCUCAUCAGUCUCUACGAGAAUGGCCUCAACGGCAUCCUUGCCGAUGAGAUGGGUCUUGGCAAAACCCUGCAGACCAUCUCAUUCUUUGCGCACUUGCGGGAGAACAAGGUCAUGGGGCCGUUCUUGGUCGUUUCCCCACUCAGCACUCUCGAUAACUGGGUCAACGAAAUCAAGAGGUUUGCGCCAAGUAUACCUGUCCUUCUGUAUCAUGGAGAUCCGCCAACUCGCGCGCAACUGCGAAAGGAGCAAAUGGGCAAAUUCGAUGAGAGGUUUCCAAUCAUCGUCACAAGCUUUGACAUCAGCAUGCGAGAUCGAAAGCACCUCCAGCGCUAUGCAUGGAAGUACAUUGUCGUUGACGAGGGACAUCGUCUCAAGAACCUGAACUGUCGGUUGAUCCAGGAGCUCAAGAAAUACACGAGCGCCAACCGACUGCUUCUCACUGGCACUCCCCUGCAGAAUAAUCUCUCGGAGCUGUGGUCGCUGCUAAAUUUUUUGAUGCCAGAUAUAUUUGACGACCUCGGGGCUUUCCAGGAUCUCUUUGAUUUCUUCGAGAGCAACUCGAACGAAGCCGACAAGGAGAAAAUCCUGGACCGCGAGAGCAAGGAAUCGGUCGUCAGCAACCUCCACAACAUCCUGAAGCCCUUCUUGCUGCGUCGAGUGAAGAGCGAAGUGGAAAAAUUUCUGCCGCCAAAGAAGGAGUUCAUCGUGUACGCCCCUAUGACAAAUCGACAGAAGGAGCUUUACUCUGCUGCCCUGUGCGGUGUCUCAGGCUUGCGCGACGUGCUCUUGCGAGACACGCAGCAAGAGGCUCCUCGUGCGGUUGCAGGCAAUGAUGCAAGCAGCGGCAAUGACGAAGAGACUGUCGAGUUACGGACGCGGUCGCAGCGCGGUCAGAUCGACCGCAGGAACUACGAGGAACUAAGUGACCGUCGAUACUUUGCGAGUCUCGACAACUCGAGUCACGAAGCUGUCAAGAGCAGGGCUGUAUCGAGCACCGCACCUCGCAAAGGCCCAGCCAAGGCAAUCAGCCGACUCAAUCUGCAGAACUUGAUCAUGCAACUCAGAAAGAUCUGCAAUCACACAUAUCUGUUUGAUUUGCCUGACGACGACGACGAAAGCUCGACAGAUGGGGACGAGAGCGAGCAGGAGGACGAGGUUCCCGUCGCGAACGGUCGGAGAGCCGAUGAGAAAGCCGAGUAUCACGAUCCCCACCACUCCGUAUACGAGGGCAGCCUCGUCCAUCGCGGUGAAGCAUCCAGAUCCGGAUCGAGGCAGAAAAGGACCCGUCGACUCCCCGAGAUUGUGGCUACCUCCGGAAAGAUGAUGCUUCUGGAGCGAAUGCUGCCAAAACUCUUCCGCGACGGCCACAAGGUCCUGAUUUUCUCUCAGAUGCGCAAGAUGUUGGACAUCAUCGCGGACUGGUGCGAGUACGAAAAGAAAUGGAAGUUCUGUCGGAUCGACGGUCAUGUGUCGAUCAGCGACCGGAAGAAGCAGAUGGACGAAUUCAACAGCGAUCCAAGUAUCAAGCUGUUUUUGCUGAGCACUCGGGCUGGAGGCCUGGGCAUCAACCUCACCGCUGCCGACACGGUCAUCAUAUACGACUCGGACUGGAACCCGCAAAUGGAUCUCCAGGCGCAGGACCGCGUCCAUCGGAUUGGGCAAACCAAGCCUGUGUUCGUGUAUAGAUUCAUUACCACCGGCACAGUCGAGAACAGGAUCCAAGAGAGGGCCAUGUCCAAACGCAAGCUCGAGCAGCUUGUUAUUCAUAAAGAGCACUUUAAGGGCAGCUCCAGCUACUACAAAAAGUCCACAAGGAUCACGAACUUGGAAGACCUGGCGAUGCUUCUCACCGAAGAUGCCGCCAGCACCGAGUCUGUUGUGGCAUCUGAGAUCGGUUCUGGUGCAAAGCGCAAGAGACCCGAUGGCGACGAGCCCUCGGAAAUUGAUCUCGAAGAGAUGCUCACAGAGGAGGACCUGAACCGGAUGAUGGAUCGGAGCCGCAUUGGUGGCGAUCACGGCUCCUCCAACAAACGCGCUGACUUUGACAUCAAAGGCAAAGUUGCCGAGAUUUAAGCCAGCAAGCCAGCCGACGGCAAUACAGAAUCGACUACGAUCUCGUAGCCAUAGGAGAUGCAUA